AUCAAAUCAACGCAAUUUUAUUGUUACCCGUUCCGCUAAGCUUCAGAUUUUCAGAUAAAAUAAUAACAUAGCCGCCCGUGGCCAUACUGAUUUUAACAAUUGAUUCAUUAGGUAAAGGUAGUCAAAAUUAUAGUGGAUUUUUAAUUCCAAACCGCACAAAAUAACAACACGUCUCGUGUCUCGUCGCUGUUGAUCAUUUUUGGAUAAGAUUUUUUAAUACUAUUAUAGUAGCGUAGAUCUUUCUAUGCAUGUACUGCGGCGCGCAAAUAUCACCUGUGCAAUUAGUUUGAUAAACCCUUUAAAGCAGCCAUUGCGUCGCAGUUACGUAGCUCGACCGGUGUUGUCCUUAUCGAAGCAAUUUCGCUCUUAUCACCACAAAGUCCAUAGCAAAUCGUUCAGUCUUUCAUCGACAAUGGCCGCGAGCAGUUGGUCCAUGGGUCCCGGCACUCUGGAGGUGCCGCUAUCUCUCUUCGCCACAAAUCGUCGCCGGCUGGCGGAGCAGCUGAAGGCUGGCCAAGUGGUGGUCCUCCAAGGAGGAGACGACAUCAGCCACUACGACACUGAUGUCCAGUAUGUGUUUAGACAGGAAGCAUACUUCACAUGGAUGAGUGGGGUCAGAGAGCCGGGGUGCUACCUGGCGCUGGACGUGGCCACCUCCAAGUGCCACCUGUUUGUGCCGCGGCUGCCCGAGGAGUAUGAGGUCUGGAUGGGCAAGCUGCUGACCUGCAGCGACUUCCAGAAGCUGUAUGCUGUCGAUGAAGUGCACUAUGUUGAUGAGAUUGCUGAAAUACUGAAGAGCCUGAAACCGGACUCCUUAUUGACUUUGUCUGGACCAAAUACUGACAGUGGUCUAACAGCUAAAGAGGCAGUAUUCGAGGGAAUCAAUGAGUUCAAAGUCGACAAUGAAACAUUGUUCCCGAUUAUUGCUGAAUUGCGUGUAAUAAAAACCCCGGAGGAGAUCGAAGUGAUGCGCUACGUGUGCAAAGUUUCCUCUGACGCCCAUAAACAAGUGAUGCUAUACGCUCGGCCCGGCGUCUCCGAGUACCAGUGCGAAUCAGUGUUCCUCGACCACUGCUACAGGGUGGGCGGGUGUCGCCACGUGUCCUACACUUGCAUCUGCGGCGCGGGACACAACGGCGCCACGCUGCACUACGGACACGCCGCCGCGCCCAAUUAUGCUAGAUUGAAGGACGGGGAUAUGUGUCUAUUCGACAUGGGCGGCAACUACGCGGGCUACGCGGCGGACAUCACGGUCUCGUUCCCGGCGAGCGGCCGCUUCACCGCCGACCAGAGGCUGGUGUACGAGGCCGUGCUGGCCGCCAGGGACGCUGUCAUGCAAGCGCUCAAGCCCGGCGUGGAAUGGCCGGAGAUGCACCUGCUAGCCAACCGCGCCAUGUUGGCCCACCUGCGCGACGGAGGCCUUCUGAAGGGAGAUAUCGAGGACAUGAUCACUCACGGCAUCCACGGCAUCCUCCAACCGCACGGCCUCGGCCACCUCAUCGGGCUGGACGUGCACGAUGUGGGCGGGUACCUCGCUAGCUGCCCGCCGCGGCCGCCGCGCGCGCCGCUGAGCCGCCUGCGCACCGCCCGCGCCCUGCUGCCGUGCAUGUGCCUCACCGUCGAGCCCGGCUGCUACUUCAUAGAUAGGCUGCUAGACCAAGCACUAGCCAACCCGGAGCAAGCCCGCUUCUUCAACACAGAGAUGCUGCAGAGGUUCCGCGGCUUCGGCGGAGUGAGGAUCGAAGAUGACGUGGUGAUCACGGAGACUGGAGUGGAGAAUAUGACCUUCGUGCCUAGGACUGUGGCCGAAAUCGAAGAACACAUGAAAAAUGGAGCGAACUUUACGAAUGCCUAAAUAUCAAAAUACAUCAUUUUAGUAGCUACAUAUUAACUUGUACAAUAUUGUAUAUAAGUAAAUAUUAUAAAUUUAUAACCAGUACGUAACUAUAGGGAUAAUUUUUUUAUUCAUAAUAUACUUAUGUAUUUCUAUUAAUUGAAAGACUGUAGAAAAAUAUAUAAUCGUGUACUAAAGCAUCAUGUGAUAGAGAUCUAUUUUUAUUUACAAAGUUUAUAAUAAAACAGAAGUCAUCAUAGCAA